CGAAAGGGGAGAGACAUGGAUCUUGUAAGCACUACAAGAUGUCAACAAAUCAAUAGCGAGCAGUGGGCUGCUGCAAGUGGCAUUCGGAACCGGUAGAGGCGCCUUCCCUAUCUCAGACUAGUGCAGACCCUAGCGCGAAGGCUGAUGGGCCGUGCUUUCCCGCGGCGGCCAAGAUUUUGAAACUUUUUUGGACAUCAUCUUGAACAUCGUCAGUUCGGCGCCACGGAUCUCGACAACAGCAAAUAUGGCCAAGAAGAGGAAGGCUGGCGGCCGCGCAUAUGGCGACUCGAAGUCGUCCAAAGACGACGGUUCGAAACUCGCCAUCAAUUCUUGGGAAGAUGUUGCUGAUUCGGAGGAUGAGUUCCUCUUGAACCGCGAGAAGGUCUUGCUAGACGAGGGGCCAGCUGCGAAGAGGUUAAGGAAAUACCAAGAAGAGGAUAAGUUCCUCGAAAACUCCGAAGAAGAGAUCCUGGGCGACAACCUUAGCGACAGCGACGACGAUGACGACGAUGACGAUGCCAGCGAUGUUGCCGAACCCGACGGUCAGGCGCCUGAAGACGAGGAUGAGGAGAUGGACGAGGCUUGGGGUACCACAAAGAGAGAUUACUACAAUGCCGACGCGAUCGAAACAGAGCAGGAUGCUCUUGACGAAGAGAAGGAAGCACGUCGAUUGCAGAAGAAGCAGCUUCAGGCCAUGUCGGAAGCAGCUUUCGGUUUCGACGAGGACGAGUGGCUAGGCCAGGGCGAGGAAGAGGAGACAGAGGGUGGCGCGAGGGUCACAGAGGUGCUACCUCAACUACAGAUCACAGACAGCAUGUCUGAGGAGGAACGGCUCAAGAUCAUGAAGACACGAUACCCCGAGUUCGAGCACAUCUCAAGAGAGUACCUACGCCUGCAACCGCUGCACGACGAACUGGCCGCCGCCGCCAACGCCGCCGAACGACUGCUCAAGUCGCGCGCCACAAAAUUGAGCAAGUCCACCCAGACCACCCCCAUCGCCGUCACAAAAUACCGAGCUUGCGCAGCAUACCUCGCAGCCAUGGCCAUGUACUUCGCUAUCCUGGGGUCAACCGCGAAGGAUGAUGGCUCGUCAGUAAUCGCGCUGGACCCGAAGGAGCUGCACGAGCACCCGGUCAUGGAGAGUUUGCUGAAGACACAGAGGUUAUGGACAAAAAUCGAGAGUCUACCAGUUGCCGACCCCAUGGUUGAGACGGACGCGGACGAGCUUUCAGUCAUCGAGGAAGCCAGCGCUCUGUCAGGCGCAGAGCCUGAUCAGGCACCCAAGAAGAAGGCACAGAAGCAGAAGAAGACCAAGGCAGAGCGUGCCGCAGACACCGCUCGCGCUGAAGCUAAGGCUCGCCGCGCCGAGAAGCUGCUACAGACCGAGCAAGAUCUUGGAUCACUGUCAGCACUUACUGACAGAGCCGCACUCAAGAAGGCGUCGAAGAAAAAGAAGGCACCAGAGGGCAAGAUCAACCUGCUCAACCCCGACGAUUCAGACUUUGGCGAAGAGACCGAUCUCACUGCACACGAACUGGCCGAGAAGGCGCGCAAGAAGAAGUCCCUGCGCUUCUACACAUCCCAGAUCGCCCAAAAAGCCAACAAGCGCGACGCAGCCGGCAAAGACUACGGCGGCGACGCAGACGUCCCACACCGCGAGCGCCUCAAGGACAGACAAGCCCGCCUGCAAGCCGAAGCUGAGAAGCGCGGCCAACACAAGGACGCCGGCCCCGGCGUCGCCCUCGGCGAAGGCCCAGACAGCUCCGGCGACGAAGCCGAGCCGUUCCGGCCAGAAGACAACGACUUCGAAGACGAAGACGGCUACUACGACAUGGUCGCCGCGCGCAGCAACACCAAGAAGGCCGCCAAAUCCGAGCGCGCAGCCGCAUACGCCGAGGCCGCCAAACAGGGUGCUCAAGUCAUCGAAGAGGAGAUUGUGGGCGAUGAUGGGCGCAGACAGAUCAGCUACCAGAUUGCGAAGAACAAGGGGCUUACCCCGCACCGUAAGAAGAGUGUGAGGAAUCCGAGGGUUAAGAAGAAGGAGAAGUAUAAGGAGAAGCUUAAGAAGGAGAAGAGUAUGCGGCCCGUGUUUGAUAAGGCGAAGGCUGCGUCUGGGCAUGCGAAUUAUGGGGGUGAGCUUACGGGUAUUAAGAAGGGUAUGGUUAGGAGUAGGAAGUUGUAGUUCUGGAGAUCUGGAGGUUGUUGUUAGAGUAGGAAUCAUACCCCGUGGAUCUCGUUCACACAUCCUCACUCUUCCCUCCUCACAUGCCGUUGUGAUUUGUUUAAUCGAAAAGUGUGUCGCAUUAUAUGUCAUAUCGUUAUCCUAACCCACAGCAGCCAGACGCCGUAGCAGGCU